AAAAAAAAAAAAAAAUGAGUACUCACGCUACCUCUACUUAUCAAAUAAAUGCAGAAAUUUCAAAUGCAGGAAAAAAUUAUACAUCAUGGAAACCACCAGACUCUUUUUCAAUGGCUAGAGAAGAACAAAUUUUUCUUGUAAAUAAUGAAAUUGGACAUCAAAAACAAGCUCCACAGCCAUUUUCUUUAGUACCAAUGAAUGUUGAAGAAUCUUUAACUUUAUCUGCGUGGGAUAUAGAUGAUACAAGAGAAGAAAAUUUUACGGAUAACAAAAAUACAAUUUUGAAUUAUACAACUUCUCGUAAUAACAGAGUCAAUAUUUAUGAUGAUGAUACAGCAUCCGUGGCAUCCGCGACAACUUGUUCCACAACAACAACUGCUACUACUAGUACAUCAGAUUUUCCUCCCGUAGUUCACGUUACUUUAGCUGACUUGAUAAAGAUGCAAGAAAGACGUAAAUCCAUGCAAGAUAAUAUUAAAAAUUAUAACAUGUCCAUUGCCACAACCUCAAUUAGUAACAAAGGUAAACAAAAAUUAGUAAAUUUUAAAGAUGAAAUUGUAGAAUCACCAGGAGGCUCAUUAAGGAAUCCAGUAAAAGUAUCUCCGUCAUCAAUCAUUUCAAAUGAUUCGAGUACAGUUAAAGAUAAUAAUUCAUCACAUCAAGGAGAGGUUUCAGAAAUUUCAAUAACUCCAUCUUUAGGUUUAACAAGAAUAUCAACGAAAGAAUUUUUAGCUGCUAAAAUUGAUAAACAAAAUGCACUCCGUGCAUGGGUAAAAUGUAUAUGGCCACAACCAAGACUUCCUAAUGCGAGACAAUUAACGUCUGGAUUAAAUGCAAAUUCUUUAUUAAAAAGAAAUUUACAUCCACUAACGAUUGGAAUCAUAGUCACAUUAAAUAAGUCUCAGAUGAUACAAACAGCUAUCAUAAGAGGAACGAAACAUAUACCGAAUAGAAUUGGAGAUAACGGGCAAAUAACAUUUUCAGGAAAACCUGAUUUAAUUAAAGGAUUUUACGAUCCAAGAGAAUAUAUACUUUUACAUUGUCCUACUUUUCAUAAUCCACCUUAUCAUAAUGGCGAUCCAAGAAUUUCUUGGACUGAAAAUUUCUUACUUAAUAAAGUAUUACCAAGACUGGCAAACGAAGCUUCACGAAUACAAUGUGAGCCGGGACUGUAUUUGACAGUUAAGGAAACGUUGUUAAGAGGAUUAGGGCAAUAUUCUUUAUAUCAUUGUAAAUACUGUCCAGAUCAUCAUAAUAGAACGUUUACUUAUGAAAAAAUUUAUGAACAUUUGACAUUUAGGCAUUACGUAAAACAAGUACAUGAUGAAGAAAUGAUCAAGAUUAAUCUAAGGGAAUACAUUACAAUUUUUUAUAAUAAUAAUCUACCUCCAAAGAUUGUGUCUGAACUUUAAUAAUUUUAUAUUUUUGGUAAAAGUAUUAUUAUUAUUAUUAUCUCAACUUGUAUUUAGGACAUUCAGAUAUAUUGUUUAUUUAUUAUAUAUUAAAGAUCUUAUAUUUCUAUGUUCCAAAUGUCAAGAUAAAAAAUGCAUAUGAUCGAAAUAUAUAAGGAAUGAGAUGCUAUACUAUCACAUAUGUAUUAUAUUCAUUAUCCUUUUUUAUAUAGGAUCAAAACUCAAAAGGAAUGAAAUGAAAAUAAAAAAAUAUUGGAAUUUAAUCCACUCAGCCAAAAAAAAAAAAA